UGAUGUGCCGAACCAGAUGUAAACAAAGCAGCUCCUGGCAUCAUCUGCAGUGAUGAGGGACCACUCAUCUAAAGUGAUAACUUAUGGCAAUGACUGGAGCUGAGUCUUAAUCAUGAGAAGCCGAGCUCACGCUGUGCGGAGCGGGCGGUCGGCGGUGGCCUUGCUCACAGCUCUCUUUCCUCUGUGUGUCUCUCUGCUGUUGUGGGUGUCACAGUCUGUGGCACAGGAGAAUGCCGGUGACACAAACUACAGUAACAGCAGCACCUCAGAUAGAAGCUUGGAUAAGAGUGAGAGUGUUGAUGUUCACAAAGGAGAUGCCAAACCAGUCAUUUAUGUGAACAACCCACAACUCUUGAGGGAAAUGCAGGAACAAAGUUUCCUUCGACACACCUUUAGAUUAUCACCGGGUGGAAAUGGUGAUGGGAAAGAUGGCAGUGUGUUGGGUGGAGGUGUACCCCUGUUGGAGCGUGCAGCAACCCUGGGGUCACAACUCAGACAUAUAGCCAACACUGAGUUGGGAGUUACACAUUUGCAGGCCACCUUUGAUGAGCUGCCAUAUUCAGAUCUUGAACGCAGGGAGGAGGAAACUGUUAAGGAGAUGAUACAGUCACUGGAACGUAAGUUUGACCUGUACUCCAGCCUUAUAGGAGAGAUGUUAGAAUUGGUGACCAGCCACUACAGUCAGCAGAGACAAAGAGGGUUAGAUGAUGUGAUCCCUUAUGCUGAUGACUACCACCCUUGCUGCCUCAUACCUGAUAAUUACCUUGAGUAUCAGAACCAAUUUGGUACUCGGGUCAACGAGGAGCUCCGAUGUGACUCUGGGUUUGGCUCAGGAGAUCAUCCACUCCCAGAGGACUUCUAUGCACCUCCUUACAAUUUAACAGAGUUGUUUGCAAUGAAUUUGCGAAGAUAUCCUGCCAUUAAGUGGCAAUACUUCAUGUCAGUGAGUGGCCUACACACUGAAUAUCCAGCCCAUAGACCAGGUACAAGCAUUGGUGCAGACUGCGGCCAUUCCUCCCGCCAUCGUCAUGUCUACGAAGCCACUGUGAGACCCCAUGGGAGGAACAUUGUGUUGCUCUAUGACCUGGGAGAAGCACUCACCCCAAGACUGCUUUUGACAGCUAAAGCAAUUGGUCACCAAGUCAUUUCAACUCUGACACUGAGAGACAACAUUGCAAUGCUGGGCAUCUCAAGCAAAGUUUUUCAUCCUCCUGCAUCAUGCUUGAGGUCCACGCUUGUUCCUGCCACUCACGAUGUAAAACAAACCAUCAGACAUUUUGUAGAUUACUUGGAGAUACAGAAUGAGCGAACUAAUCACACUCUUGGUCUGACGACGGCUCUUGAUGUUAUUGCAAAUACAGCAUUUGAUUCAACUUCACAUAAUACAUCAGUGUUACUUGUGUAUGUGAGCCGUGGAAUACUGGAAACAUUACGCCAAGCUCGCACAGUUAUUAAGACGGUUGCGGAGAGGAUGGAGACUAUGAAUACCAGAGUUGUCAUCAGUACAUUUGGUCUUGGACAUGUCAGUGGUGAACCAUCUUUGCCAAUGCAGUUUUUAGAAGCUCUGUCUCACCAGGACUUUGACAAGUAUAAUGUUAAUUUUACAAAAAUAACCUAUCGGGGAAUGGUGGUUGAACUGGAUUCUACCCUGAGUGUGGCUCCACUCAUUAACAACUUCUACAAUGUAGUGGAAGAGCCAAAGGCGUAUGACAGCGGCCCCGAAGACCUUGUGAUCUCUGAACCCUAUUGGGAUGGUGACAGUAGAGAUAUGAUUGUCUCCCUGACGAGAAGUGCUCAGACCAGAGAAGGAAAGAUAAUUGGAGUGAUGGGUAUAGACGUACCUCUUGCAAACCUCCUAGAGGACAUUACACACUUCAAUUCUCCAGCUCGAUCCUAUGCUUUUGCUAUAGAUUCUCGAGGUAACAUUCUUGGUCACCCUAAGCUUGGUCGACCAGAGACAUGGACUUCACCUCUGAUUCCAACAGAUGUAACACUAUUGGAGCAGAUCCCUGGCUUCAGCAGUGUCAGAAGGGACCUCAUCAACCUGUCUUCGGGUCAUAAAUACCUCAGUGAGAAUAGUGAAGAUGGGAACCAGAGGGAUGAGUUACACUACUGGUGGUGUCGUUCUCUGUCAUGUGGAUGGGUAUUUGUGGUAGCUUGGCUUGAUGCAGGUUUGCCACACAAGAGAUUGAGUAGGAAUGUUCGCCCACUUCCACCCACUGCACUCUUCCACCGCCUUGAUCUUUUGUCUCCAAAUGAAGCGCUGGUGUGUCGCCAUUUUAAUCAAAUGGCUACUCUUGAUGGCAGUACAGUCUUCCUGUCUGUUGGCUCAUACGUGUCACCCUUGAGCCAGAUAGCCAAUGGACCAGAGACCUUAGGUGCUGUGCAGAGUAUUACGGCAUAUCUCAGUGACAGUACACAGCUUAUUGCUAACCCUGGUUUGAGGCUGGGUGUUCGCACAGAUGCAACGGCUCUUUAUCAGAUCACCGACCUUUGGAAAAAACAGUUUCAUAGUAGUGAACUGAGUAAACAUAUUGUUAGAAGGUAUGCUGCAGCACCCUCAGGAGUGACACUCAUGUAUCCUGGGACUCUGUUGGAUCGCGCUUAUGACCCUCGCUCACAGGCAUGGUAUCUUGGUGCUCUGUCUACCCCGGGAAAAGUAGUUGUAUCAGCACCAUACCUUGACCCUGGUGGUGCUGGUUACAUAAUCACAGUGUCACACACAGUCUAUCAGGGACGAUCAGCUGCCAUGCAUUCUCCUGCAGAUCCAGUAGUGGCUGUGCUAGCAACGGACUUUACGCUUGGCUAUUGGUACAAGCUGUUACUUGACCUAGAGCCUUCAUGUGGCACUGAUGGUAGUCCUGGUAAAGGGAGUAUUGUGCGGUGUUUCCUGAUGGACAAUGAAGGGUACUUGGUGGUGCAUCCGUCCAUGUUGGCACCUUCCUCCUCACCCAACCUUGACUCUGACAUACCACCCCAUAUCACACACCAGGAGCCAGUUGUGUCCAUGGAACUGCUGGCAGGAGGUGGGGGUUUACUGACCAAGACAUCUUGUGGUCGCUGGUGGCACGGGGUCAGUGAGAGGCAUUACUCCCUCAGUCUUCCUACUGGGCAGGUUGUUGCCUCUUCAGGCUCAGAAACAGGACAGGUUGACAACUCGUGUCUGCAGUAUGCUCUUACAGCUGUGCCCUCUACCAACCUCAUUCUGGGUAUCAUCAACCAGACCUGCACUCCAGCCGUUGCAUUCUGUCCUUGUAGCAUGGAUGACAGGCGCUGUCUUAACUGUCAACUGGUGGAGGCUGGAGCAUGUGAAUGUCCCUGUGAGUGUCCCCUGUUGUCACACCCAUGUACAACUUCUGUAGCUGCUGAUCCCCCCACUGCCCAGUCACCAACUUCUCUAGGCUCCCACAGUAAUCACACAAGUGACUCACUUAAUGAGAUUUGGCCUUCAUAUUUUGACACAGGAUUCACUAAAGGCCAGCUCAUACCUCAAGUCCUGGAAUUGGCCACACAACCACCAGAUAUGGCCCCCACUUGUGGCCGCACCCCAGAAACUGCCUUGCCACUUCAGUAUUCUAUUGGCCUGCUAGCCCACCUUGAUACAUGUGUUACUGUAUCAUGUGCAGCAUAUAUGACACACAAGUCUUGCUUGGGUGUUGUUGGAUGUGUUUGGUGUUCUAUGACAAGUGAUAGACAGUCACGUAUGGCUCACCCACAUUGUACAGAAGCACAUCAGUGUUAUGGGGGUGUUCUUGGAGGGCCUUCACCUUAUCCCCAUGGACUUGCAACUCUCCCACAUUCAGACACCACUCAUGGUGGAUCUGGAAACCCUAUUGGACCAGUGGCCGGAGGGAUUAUGGCAGUGUUUUUGGUUGUUGCUCUGGCGGUGUAUUGCUACCGUCAACAUGUUGGAGGCAGCAACCGCUCCCUCUACACCCCAGCAAACUUUCAGAGCCAAACACAUCAACAUCCUUUGUACCAGUCACAGCCAACUCACCAACUUGAUAAUGGGGAUGAAGAUCUUUUGGGAGAUGUUUCUGGAGUAGGAUUGGGAGCUGCUGCCACAGUUAGCCCUUACCGCAUGAACCCUGGAUAUCGUCGCCCUCCAGGUGUGGCUGACUCCAGUGAUCAAGGCUAUUCUACAAUGACUCCUCACGAUGAGUCUGAGAACCUUAAUUACACUGAUUUAGGAGGGCUUGUGGGCCUCCCAGCCAAUCACAUGCUUGAUGACCCUCCCUCAUCCUCUGGCUGGUCACCACCUUCAUCUCCAGUACGCCAGGGCAGACACGAUGGUAGAGUGUCCAAUCACAACCAUUUGGAGCCCUCCCAUACACUUUUGUCUUCUGCCAAGCGGACAGGGCCAAAUAUUAUUCAAGUGCCAGUUACUGUACAUAUGGUUGACACUGUAUGAGGCCACUUGUGUUAUUUACUCUGGUGUAGCAUGUAGAUAUUGCCAAAUGACUUCAGGGGAUGAGAUGUAGAAAGUUAUUAAAUUAAAAAGGAAAUUUUCAAUCAUGGAAAUUUAUCUAUAGUAAGGAGAUACAUUGUUUACAUCAGUGGACAGUUGUCCUGGCUCAAUAGACCCUUGAACAGUAUUACACAGAAUUUAUACUUGUAAGUGUCCACUGUAGCUCAUAUAGAUGGACGACUGCUGGACAUACAGUAAGCUCUGUACGAAAGCAUGGCUCUCCAGGCCUGGAAAUUCAUGAAAAAUACUUGACAGUCAAAUUAGAGGAGGGGCAUGGGACAGUAGUCACAAAGAGGGUGUUUUUUUGUGAAGAGCAGCAUUGCCAGUCAAAAGGCAAUGAUGGCCAAUUGGCCAUGGCCGCCUUGAAAUUCCAAGCCUGGCUGUCUUAUCCAGAGUUUGCCAUAGUUCCAUUAGUGCUUUAAGUGAGCAUGUGUGUAUAAGGUACACAGAGUGUUUUACCUCGUGGAAUUCUAAUAUUUUUAGAAUAACUAAUUUUAAUGCUAAGACUUGUACAGUUGUAAGACAUACGUAAUAUUAAGCUUUUAUAAGAAUUAUAAUUUUAGAUACUCUAAGUAUGACCUAUCUAGUCUAUAACUGCAGCUAAUGCAUGGUGUGAAGAUUUGACCUGGUCUUGACACUGAAAUGAACCACUGAGAAAGUAAUGCAUGUUUUUAGGAAAAAAAUCAGAACCAAAGAUGAUAAUACACAGGUAUCAUAGCAACCAUCCAGUUUUAGACAUUGAACUUCAUGUAUUUUAUGAUAGUAUGUUGUGAAAUUGAAUACAGUCCAAAAUUCCAUUACCAUACAAUAGUUUGUGAUAUUUCUGAAGAUAUAAUUUGAAGUUGUACAGGAUUGUAUCAUACUAACACUAAAAUUGAAGCAAGGUUUGGCCAACUUUACACAAUCCACCCUCCACCUUCCAUAUUGCAACCAGCCUGCCACCCUUCAUCAUUUCACAGCUGCCAGUUUUGGUGAGUACAAUAACUAUAGGAUUUAAAAAAAGUGAAUGAAGACAUUGAGUCUUUGGAGUAGUAUGGUUUGCAAUCAUUAAAAUUCCUGUGUUUUAGAUGUAAGUACAGAAGGGUGAGGUGUUUUUGACCACCAUAUUAGUGAGAAAGCGAUAGGAUUUUUUCUUUCUUUUUCUGUAUAGUGACCAUUGUAUAUUAUAUACUGUUAACUGUCGAUCAUAUUGUUUAACAUAUUUUCUUUUUUAAUUGUUGAUUUGAUAUAUUUACUUCAUCCUUUAGUCGGUAAUAAAAAAAAAUCAAAAUAUUUCAUCAGGGUUUGAGGUACGAUAAAUUUAAUAUACAGUACAUGUACUGUGCUGAGAUGGAGGUUAUUGUACUUUUGUAAAAUAUUGGAUGGUUUCUAUAUUGAUUUUUUCCUGCCUAAUGUUGGGGUAAUCAAAAUAUUCCAAGAUUUGGUUGCUAGUAGUUAGUUAACUAGAAGAUAUGAUUCAUGAUGUCAUAUGAUCCUAUGUAUGCUAGUAACUCAGGCAGUACACUUACCAUCAUUCCUUUGGGACUGAUCCUUAUCUUAUUCUUAUGUAAUGACUAGCAAAUAUAUUUUUGAUAAUUUUUAGCUGGUGGACAGUUGAUGAUGUUCUUCAUUCUUUCUGUAUAAACACUGGUUUAUCUGCAUAAGUGCCAUGUGAGGGGGUGUAAGAUAUAUGAAGUUUUACAUUAUAUAUUAGUUCUGCAUUGGUUUUCUCAAGAACCCACCAAGUUUUCUGCAAAGGCAAUGCCGUGUCAUAAGUGAGAAAUUAUGCAACUUGAAAAUGAACUUACUUGACUUUCUGCAUGUUGUGGGUAGGCUUGGUGGAAGGUUUUUGUCUGCAUAUUGCAGAAUGUCAUGUCUCCUAUCUGUAGUCCAUUUUAUAUUUUGUUUCUUGCAUAAGAUGAUAGAGUCAUCUUUGUGUUUAGGUCAAACAUACUUUAUAUUUGUAAUAUGACAUUUUUAAAUAGCAUUUUUCUUAGAAGAAAUUUGUGUUACCAGAUUGCCAGUUAGCUGCAAAUUUCAAUACCUAGAAGAUUUACCAUAACAUGAAUGACUAAUUUGCCCCCCCCCCCAAAAAAAAAUGUAACGAGAAAGAAAUAUAAAUUAUAACAGUAUAGUUUUGUUACCCACUGACUUCCACUUCAAUUGAGUAAUCAACUGAAGCAGAUGCCAUUGGCCACACCAAAAUUUUAUUGUUGUAUUCAAAGUUUGUCACAUAAUGUGAGUUUAAUAUAUAGAAAUGUAUGUUUGAACAAUUUCCACCUGUUGAGCUCCCUUAAAAAGGUCUUGAUAUAUGUGGGUAUGAAAAUGGCCAACUUCUUUGAAUUUUAAGAGCUUGAACCUCAAAAAAUAAUUACAUUUUACAUAGUAGCACAACUUGUAGUUGUGAGGAUCAUGCGGAAUGAAGUUGGUCUGUUCACACCUCUUCAUGGCAGGUGUUAUGAACUUCAUUUUAACUUGGAUAUGUGUAGUUUGUAGCCUUAAAAUGUAACAAUGAUUUAUGGUACACUGCUUCUCACCUGCUUAUUAGACUGUGGUGGUAAUCUUCCUUUCUUCUGUACUCUCACUCUGAACAAGCAUUGUGUCAUUGUCCUCCCACUUUGACAAGCUUUCUCUUUCAAUGGACUCUCAUUCUCUUUAUUGUUACUCUUGUGAUGGACUUAUGGGAGGUACAUAUGACAAUGUGCCCUUUGAAGGGCAAUAUAAAUGACAAAUUACAUAUGUAUAAGGUAAGCGUGCCUGUUACACCAUGAAAAA